AUGUACGCCGCUCAGAAUAUAACGCCAACAGUUUUGGAUGCCAUGAACGGAAAUGUUUCCGAAUGGUAUAACGAAUGCGACAAUGCCAUUAGAAGGUCAGAAAUAGUUCCUGGAACUUACGAAUAUACAACUGCUGUUUCUUAUGGAAACGUAGGUGAGUUUGGAGAAGGUUCUUCAACAACAGUAGAUAUUGCUUGCGACAGGUUUCAUAUUAUUUCUAUUGACAACUCAUUCUUAUACGUGGAACAAGACAUUGAAAUAAAACCUUCUGCCAAGUUGUCUGACAAGAAAGGUUGCAAUGGAAUUUUCUAUGUCGGAUACCAAUAUGCUCCAGAAGUUUUCAUGGGAUAUAAGAUAUAUUCUAACUCUGACUUAGUUCAAACAGUAACAUGGGCAAACUAUGAAUGGUUCGCUUUGAGAAACUCAGUACAACCACAAGCUAGAGAACAAACAGACCAGUAUGCCACCAUUGAGAAAAUAAGAAGACUUGACCCUAACGUUCCAGGAGUUUAUGUUAACCUUUCUGGACAAACUGCAGCAGCAGUAACCAAAGUAAAACUGAAACUUAGAGUUCCUUUGUCAUCUUUCCUCAUCUUCAGGUUUUUAAGAUACUUGCCAAACUGGGCAGGAAAAAUUUCUAUCGAACUUACUCCAAGCAAAAAUAACUUAGUCAUUGCACCAACACAAGACCCAUUCA